AUGGGUUCCUUGAUUUUUCAAUGUGCAUGCAAAUUAUUAACUCUUCCGAAAUCAAUUUCUUUCGGUUUGGAGGAGAAACAAAUAUCUAUGCCUGUUUCACUUUUUAAAUUUCUACCUAUCUAUCUAUCUAUCUAUCUAUCUAUAUAUCUAUCUAUCUAUCUAUCUCUGAAUACAUCAAUUUUUCCAAGACAACUAGACUUCUGUAAAUAUUUCUUUCUUUCUUUCUUUCUUUCUUUCUUUCUUUCUUUCUUUCUUUCUUUCUUUCUUUCUUUCUUUCUUUCUUCACAGACACACACACAUAUCUCUACCCAAUACACCACACGCAUGCGCAAUUACUCCCAUCCUUUCUUCUUAUAUCUCGCCCUCUUCUCUUUCUACGUCCUCAUGGUUGCUCUUAUUUUUCUUGACACCCACUCUCAUUUAUCUUUGUUUUGUUCUGUCCUUCUCUCUCUUUCUCUCCAGUACAGGUUUUCCCUACUGUCGAGUUAUUCAGAGAAACACGCAAUAUUUCUUAAUCUCAAUCACUCGUCUACCCGCUUACCUUCUCUCCAAUAA